AUGGAUUUGUUGACGUUUUGGCUGACGGCGGCAGCGGUGGUGGCGUGCUCGUGCCGAAGCGCUGCGGACGACUACGAGGACGCCGCGCCCUCCGGACCUAAUUUCACUGAUGGCGCCACGUUCGACUACAUCGUGGUGGGCGCGGGCGGCGGCGGCGCGGCGGCGGCGGCGCGGCUGGCGCUGGCCGGCCACGACGUGCUGCUGGUGGAGGCGGGCGGCCUGCCCGGCGUGCUGUCCAAGGUGCCCGGUUUUGCGUCGGCCCUGAUGGGCUCGUCGCGCGACUGGCAGUACGAGACGAUCCCCAACAACGUGUCGUGCCUGUCCAACCAGCGCCGCCAGUGCCGCUUCAGCCGCGGCAAGCUGCUCGGCGGCUCCACCAGCAUCAACUUCAUGAUCUACACGCGCGGCAGCCCGCGCGACUACGACGACCUGAGCAUCCCCGGGUGGACCUGGGAGGAUGUCAAACCGUACUUCCUAAAAUACGAGGGCCUGCAGGACCUCGACAAGCUCCCGGAGUCGUCCAUCCCCUACCACAACACGAGCGGAACGAUGAAGCUGCAAUUCUUUUCGGACUCGGGAAACCCGUGGCAUCCGAAGGUCAUAGACGGUUUUAGAGACCUCAACUUUCCUUUCAACCCCGACGUGAACGCCGAGUCGCAGGUGGGAGUGACGCAGGUCGUGGGCUACGUGUUCGACAACGAGCGCAUGAGCACGGCGCGCGGGUACCUGGCACGCGCCGAUGUAAAGAAAGUGCUCAAGGUGCACCCCUGGACGCGCUGCACCGGCCUCAUCGUCGACGCGAACAACACGGUUCUCGGCAUAAAGGCAUCCUUCGGCUUAUUAAAAUGGAAACUCAAAUACUACGCCCGGAAAGAGGUGAUCCUGAGCGCGGGGACCAUCGGCACGCCUCAGAUCCUGAUGCUCUCGGGGAUCGGCCCCGCGGAGCACCUGAAACAGAUGAACAUACCCGUCAAAGUCGACUUGCCCGUCGGCGAUAACAUGACCGACCAUUUGCUUCCGUUGGUGUUUAUAAAGGUCAAAAGCAAUUCCAGCGCCGUCCGGGAAAUAGUCAAGAGUGGCGUCAAGACCACGAAGGAUGUGCUCGAGUUGCUGCUCACUAAAAGCGGCGCCCUCACGUCGAACGGGCUCACCGACGUGUGCUCGUUCCUGAACUCCGACUGUUACGACUUCGAAAAUCGUCGGCUGACGAACGACAGCGCGGACUGCGAGCUUGCCACGCUUCAGUACAUUCACUCCUACAUGGACCGGUACAUCGCGCACCUGCUGCCGGACGCCGUUCAGCAGGGGACCGGGCUGGACGAUAAUGUGAUUGCGCAAUUGAAAAAACUGAGCGCUGAUUACGCUUUUGUAAUAAUAACUCCGGUGAUUCUUAAGCCGUACUCCCAGGGAACUGUACGGCUGGCAAGCGCGGACCCACUCGCAGCGCCGGCCAUCUUCCCUAACUUCCUCGCCGAUGAGCGGGACUUAGAUGAAAUGGUCAAAUCGCUCAUCAUAAUAGAACAUUUGAUGGACACCCCAACGUAUAAGAAGCAAAACGCCUCGAUUGCGAUAUUCGAUCUGCCAGGCUGUCCGGACUACGCCGCCGACUCGCUCGGCUACUGGCGCUGCUACAGCCGGCACCUGACGCACACGGUGUACCACGCAGUCGGCACGGCAGCCAUCGGGCGCGUGCUGGACGGCCGGCUGCGCGUGCGCGGCGUGCGGCGCCUGCGCGUGGCCGACCUGAGCGCGCUGCCGGCGCUGCCGCGCGGGAACACCGCCGCCUCCGCCAUUGCGAUUGGCGAAAGAGUGGCGGAUUUUAUACUCAAUGGGGACGGUUAG